AUGAAGCGAGCAGUAGCAGAUUUAUCGCUUUUUCACUCUGUUGAAGCGUUUUAUUCAGGUGGUUCGGUGCAGUGGAAUUCUGAUGGAACCGUUAUUUAUGCAACUUGUGGAAACAUCGUUAAGGCAUUUAAUUGUGACGAUAGUCUUCCUCGAUUGAUAAUUGGUGAUAUUAAUGAAGAUUUGCGAAUAACUUGUACACUUUUGAAUAAGAAUGAUUCUUCAAUGAUAAUCGCAUAUUCAAACUCACUUUUGCGUCAAUAUUCGUUAUCAUUUGAUAAAGAUUCGAAUUUGUCAGCUGAAAUUAAACGGCAGUGGAAGUCGACUCAUACGCUGCCAAUACUCGUUAUGAAAAAUUCUCCGAAUGAUAUUUAUUUGGCAACUGGAUCAGCUGAUUUUGCAGUUAAAGUAUGGGGAAUUGAGAAACAUGUUUGCAUUGGUUCCAUAAAGGGUUCAAGUGCUAUUAGUGAUAUAAAUUUUUUGGAUGAUAAUCGUUUAAUUAUUGGCGCUGUUGAUGGCAGUGUUAAAUUUUAUGAAAUCGAUGAUUUAAAAAAACCAAUUUGCCAAUGGAAAAAUCAUACAAGUGCAAUUGCUUCAAUAUUGAUAGUGGACAAUGAGAAAUUUGCGACGAUAAGCCGAGAUCAAACGAUGGUUUUAACAGAUAUUAGAACGAAAGAAAAAAUAAAAGCUCUGCCAUUAUUUGAGCCUAUUGAAUCAGCUGUGCUCAAUGAGGAUGGUCUGGUUUUUACAGUCGGUGAAGAAGGAAUUUUAAAAUGCUGGAGCGUUGAGAGUGCGAAACUUAUGAAGUCGUCAAAACUAUCAAGUUGUCGAAUUGAUCUGAUUCUUUAUAACGCGCACCGUAAACAGUUUCUUCUUGCGACAUCGGAUUUUAAUCUCUUAAUUAUCGAUAUAUUUUCAUUGAAAGUGAUCAAACAGAUAAUUGGAUUCAAUGAUGAAAUUUUCGAUUUAAGCUUUAUUGGUUCAGAUCAUCAGCAUUUUGCUGUUGCAGCAAACAGUGCUGAGAUUCGCUUAUAUGAUUUAAAUACUUGGUCUUGUCAGUUGAUUAAUGGGCAUACUGACAGUGUUCUUUCUCUAUGCGCAGCAAGAUGGAAUCCCAAUUGGCUGCUCAGUUCAUCUAAAGACAAUUCUAUUAUUUUAUGGGAACUAAACCUAGAUGGUGAAAUAGGAUGUAUAGCAAGAAAACUUGCUAGUGGUACUGGUCAUACAAAUAGCGUCACUGCUGUAUGCUUUUCGAAUAUGGCUAAGCGACAUUUUCUCGUAUCAGUUUCAAACGACACGACCAUUAAAUUGUGGUCACUCAGUAGUAUUUCAUCUAUUUCUCAAGGCGAAAAACUUCAUGCUUCAUCAACUCUGGUUGCACAUAUGAAAGAUAUUACAUGUGUUAACCUUAGCAUUAAUGAUCGUCUUUGUGUUACGGGUUCAAUGGAUAAAACAGCAAAAUUGUGGCAUAUAGACUCAGAAAAAAUGCAGCUUGGGAUAGCGGGAACAUUGAGUGGCCAUCGACGAGGUGUGUGGGAUGCUCGCUUUGCAACAAACAGUCAAGUUGUCAUCACUGGUAGUGGUGAUUGCAUGAUUCGGCUAUAUAAUCUUAAUAAUUUCGAAUGCUUUGCUACACUUACUGGCCAUUCUUUUGCUGUUUUAAAGGUAUUAGCGAUCAAUAGUGGAAAGCAGCUGUUGUCAAGUGAUAGUGGUGGAUUAAUGAAAAUUUGGGAUGUCGCAGAAAAGGAAUGUAUUAAAACAAUUGAAGCGCAUGAUGAUAAAAUAUGGGCUCUUCUUACAUCAAAAGAUGAAAAUCAAUUCAUCACAGCUGGUAGCGAUGGAAGGAUUCGAAUAUGGAAUGAUGUUUCUGAAAAGAAACGAGAAGAAGAGCUUAAAAUCGCUGCUGAAAGAGUUCAUAAUGAACAGAUAUUGUCUAACUUUGUGGAACGUCAGCAGUUUGAUAAAGCGCUCGAAUAUUCACUUACUCUUUCAAAAUCAUAUAAUUGCAUGAAAAUUAUCCAAUUAAUGAUUGAACAGGAUGUGUCGGAAUUACGUAAAGCUAUUUCGAAAUUACAUCAGGAACAUUUAUCUGUACUAAUGGAUUUUGCAUCUCAGUGGAAUACGAAUAGUCGAAUGGCUCAUGUUGGUCAGCAAGUGCUUUAUGAUAUUCUUCAUUGCUUCAAACCAGAUUAUUUAUUAAAAGUACCAAAUUUUCCGUCUAUUAUUGAAGCAUUUCUUCCUUAUACAAACAGGCAUUACGAACGUUUAUCUCGAUUGCGACAAAAUUCGGCCUUUUUAUAUUACACAUGGGCACAAAUGAGGUUAUGUGAUCGUGAAUCGUAG